AUGCUUCAUGAACAACAGGUGGAGACCAACAAUGUAGGUGGGACACCGCUGGGCUCAGUGGAGAGGUGUCUAGGAGACAGCCUGGUCCUGCUGGUCCAGCAGACUGUCAAACUGACCUGUAACUCUGUGUUUCAGAUCUGUGUUUCAGAUGUAGGUGGGACACCGCUGGGCUCAGUGGAGAGGUGUCUAGGAGACAGCCUGGUCCUGCUGGUCCAGCAGACUGUCGGUAAAGAGACCAUCUGGCUGCUCCCUCAGGCCCAGUGGGAGGCAGGGGAGACUCUCCGACAGACAGCAGAGAGAGGCCUCAGCAGCCUGCCAGAGGCUGAUUUCAAGGCUACGUUCCUUGGCAACACCCCCUGUGGAGUGUACAGGUACAAAUUCCCCAAAGAGGUCCGGACAGAGCGCUGCGUGGGAGCCAAGGUCUUCUUUUUCAAAGCUUUCCUGUCCGCUGGUUCAGCCAGUCAGAAAGAACCUUUCCUGUCCGCUGGUUCAGCCAGUCAGAACGAACCUUUCCUGUGGGUGAAGAAGACUGAACUGCAGGGAUACCUGAAGCCACCUUACUUGGAGAAGGUUGACCGCUUCAUACUCAACCUGUGAUGGAGUGGAUGAGAGCUGAUGGAGAAGGUUGACCGCUUCAUACUCCACCUGUGAUGGAGCGGAUGAGAGCUGAGGGAGAAGAUGUGAUGGUUACGGAUGUCUUUUUUAGAAACGUCCUCGUUGAGUCCUGGAAGUCAUAUUUCUGUCACAGCAACUGUUGUUUUCUCCUGCCCGUCCACUUGGUGUAUAAGAGAGCAUGAUUAAAGUGUAUAAUUUGUUCCAACAUAUAAACCAUUCAGUGUUGUCUGUAGGCCUAUAUCCCAGAGGAUAGAAAGCCAGUCUCUUUGCCUGUGUGUUGUUCUAUGCAGACAGUGUAUUUUCCAGUCCUCCACUAGAUGGCAGUAGUGAGACAGGAGAGGCUGGUCAAAACAGUGUAUUGUCCUG